AUGUGUCAUUUCUUUCCGAGUUGAGCGGUGUGUUGGCUUUUCUUGAUUAGUUCAAAGAAAAAAAAAAAGAAAAAUUUACUACCGGCGUUUUUUCACAAUUUUUUACUAAAAAAUUAUCCCAAAAUGAAACUAUUUUCAAUAGUUUUAAUUAUCAUCUCAGUAAUUGCCCUAUCCAAUGGUGCAAUUGAUGCUGAAGUUGUAAAUAAAAACGUGGAACGCACAAUCGAUUUAACAUCACAACUCGUCAAGACUUCAUAUAAAAUUAUCUUGGAACAUUCCGCUAAGAAAGGAAUCACCGCCUACAGCCUGGUGAUACCAAGUAAUGAACGUCAACGUUUAGCUUUUAUUUCGGUUAAAGAUUCAUCGAAAAAAGAGCUAAAACACACUGAAAAAGAAACUAGCAAUGGAAUUGAGUUUCUUCUAACAUUCCCAAGUGCCGCUCCCACUCAAGUCGUUUAUGUGGAAACUGUUGCAACUAAAUCAUUGCAACCACAUCCGGCUAAGAUCAGUCAAGCCGAGAAGCAAUUGGUCAGGUAUUUUGGUAGUGUUUACUUCUACAGUCCAUACAAAACGUUGACCCAGAAGACAACGGUUCAUUUGAGCUCAUCCAGCAUUGAGUCGUACACUCAAACCAAACCGGUUGCUGUCUCUGGAAGCACCAUUACCUAUGGACCAUUUGAGAAUAUUGACGGUUUUACUUCAUCCGAACUCGUUGUCCACUUCGAGAACCACACCCCCUUCUUAUCGGUGACUCGCUUGGAGCGCACCUUGGAAGUCUCACAUUGGGGCAACAUUGCAGUCACCGAGAACAUCGACAUGGUUCACUCUGGAGCAGAAUUGAAGGGCUCAUUCUCCCGCUACGAAUUCCAAAAGGAUGCUCGCAGUGGCCAAGCAGCUGUGAAAUCCUACAAAACCAUGCUCCCAGCUUCGGCAACAGGAGUUUACUACCGUGACACCAAUGGCAACAUCUCUACCUCGAACAUGAAGGUUCUCCGUGAUUCUGUUGAAUUGGAUUUGCGUCCACGUUUCCCACUUUUCGGAGGCUGGAGGACUUUCUACACUUUGGGUUACAAUGUUCCCUCUUUUGAAUACCUCUUCAACUCGGGCGAGAACUUCUACCUGAAAAUGCGCAUUAUUGAUCAUAUCUACGAUGACAUGGUUGUCGAUGAAGCAACUGUGAAGAUCAUUUUGCCCGAAGGAGCAUCCAACAUCAAACUGAUCACUCCAUACUCUGUGAGUCGUCAAGCCGAUAGUUUGCACUUCACCUACCUGGACACUUUUGGACGUCCAGUGAUCUCAUUUAGCAAGAAAAACCUCGUUGAGAAUCACAUUAGUGACUUUAAUUUGAAGUACAACUUCUCGCGUGUGACCAUGUUGCAUGAGCCAUUGUUGGCUGUUUUAUUCUUCUUUGCGUUGUUUGUGCUUGUAAUUAUUUGCCUGCGUUUGGACUUUUCAAUCUCGAAGGAGAAAGAACCACAUGCACAUAAAGAAUAAAUUAAAUUCGUUGUGUGUUUUGA